AUGGAUGCAACUCCCACCACUACCCGCAAUCGAAGCGAUUCGGUGUCUGCUAUUCUUCUUCAACAGCAAACUCAUACUCCAGAACCGACUCAGAGAACUCCAAUGAUAAACACGGUUGCGAUAGAAGCUCCGGCAACGGAUCCCGCACUGCGUCCGAAUCCUGGCAUAGAAGAGUCCAAUAGUCGUGGUCAACCAAUUUUACAGCCAUCGCGCGGCGUGUCCCCCGAAGCCAGAGAACCAAGAGAGAUCGCAGGCCAAUAUUCCGGUCCAGCAUCAGCGCAUUCAUUUCUGUACCGCGUAGUCGAGAAGUUCCACCAAAGCGAAUAUCGCACCACAAAAGCUCUCGCUUCAGGGGAUUUGCCAGCUGACAAGUCGAUUUUCACGUUUGGAGACGCGCAUUUCUCCGAUCUUGAUGAAUCGCAAGAUUAUUUCCCGGAUCGGUCUAUGACUCGGGAAUGCGUGCGUCGUUACUUCGAGUUUGCGUCUCCGACGUACAGGAUUUUGCAUCAAGGUACGGUUGAGCAGUGGGUGGACAAGAUAUACCAACAGGCUCCUGUCUCCGAGACAGCAAAGGCAAUUGUGUUAAUGAUAUGUGCAACUUCAUGUCUGUACCAUGGGGAGUCUAUCACGUAUUGUUCAACGAACCAUACAACGGCAGAUCAGCAAGAAUGGCGACGAAGCGAAGCCUUUUAUACCAUGGCACUACACAUAGUGGACAAUGAAAUUGGGUCACCAUCGCUACAGUCAAUUCAAGUUCGUUUCCUUAUGGUUCUUUAUCUGCUCAGCUCGUCGCGGAUGAACAAGGCUUGGUUUACAUUUGGUACUAUGGUGCAAUUACUGAUGACUCUGGGGCUACAUCGACGCCGAAAACCGAUCAGGACGCCUUCUUCGAGCGUGUCGAAUGCGCAACGUGUUCAGCAUGAAUGCCAAAAGCGGAUACUGUGGUGUUCGUUCACGCUGGAUAAAUAUUUAAGUCUCAUGCUCGGCAGACCGCGACUCUUGCAGGAGGACGAUAUUGAUCAGGAAUUUCCUUCGCCACUCAACGAUGAAGAUCUGGUCUGGAAUGAAGAUUACAAGUCGAAGCCGGCCAGAGAUACAGUGAUGUUUGCACCAGUUGCGCAUGCGCGUUUGGCUCAGGUAUUGGCUSGAGCCGCUAAAGAGCUAUACCCAAUUACCCCCAUGUCGCAUGCGAAACAAAUGGAGACGAUUCAGGACCUUACUUGUCAGAUUUCUAACUGGCAGAAACAACUACCUCCCAUAUUCUCCGGUGAAAUCAAACCGAGUAGCCUGGUUGCGAUCUUUCGGAGACAGCUUACCGUGCUACGACUGGCAUAUUUCCAUGCCGUGAUGUUCGUGACAAGACCAUUGUUGUUGAAGAAUUACGCCAAGUACAAUUUCCGUGACUACAACCGCCUCUAUCGGCCACAUAUCGAUGCUUGUAUCACUGCGGCUCGUGAUACUAUGGAGUUAGUGCUGGAAUUCGUUGACGAGAAUCAAUUGUUUACCGCAUUCUGGUAUACGCAAUACAUCACUUUCAAUGCCUUGUCGAUCAUCUACUUGUAUCUCCUACAAGUCAAAGGUAGUCGGAUUCAGGCGUUCAAUGCAAGCUUCGAAUCAUAUGACGCAACCGGUACCAAGUCAAGCGAGUCUCAUCUUCAAGAACUAGCAGAAACCACGUUUCAUCAUUUAGCUAGAGUCACUGUACAGAACGCGCCACAUAUGCGUUAUGCUGCGAUACUGGAAGGACUACGAACAGAAGUCAAUAGCAGUAAGCUGACUCCGCGUCAAGCGCAGUUUCCGCAAGAGGGAUCUGAUGAAUUGAAUUGGAGUCGGUUUCUCGAGUCUCUGGGCCCUACAAUGCAAAGAGAUUAUGCAGAUACUGCUGGUGACGAUCAUGUUGAGCAAACUGAAGCAGCUAUGCCGCAUGAAUUUGCGACGUAUGAGCAGGCGUCACCGCUAAAUUAUCCGGGCGAUGUUCCUGUUUAUGACGUGUAUGCAGCACAAGCACAACAGCCGGAAUCGUUGGUGUCAGCUUAUGAUGAUCUGGGUCUUGAUUUCUGGUCACAGAUGGACAGUCUGCCUAUUUCUUAUUCGAAUAUCCAAAAUAUGUGA